AUGCCCGAAAACAUACUACCCGCCGCCGCCGCUGCCGCCGCCGCCGCCAAAGCUUCGAAACGCAUGAUGAUCCUCUACCUCCUCCAGUACCAGUCCCGUACCGUACCGUAUCCUGCAAAGCCGACGCACCGAGCGGGCGACGAGGGAAGGGUGUCUACCUCGUUCCCCCAUCUGAGACCGGUACGGUCAACGAGUCUUCCUCUGGGCACGCAUGCGCGGGCCGGCACGUGCAAUAAGUACCGUGGUGGGGGCCGCGAAGCAGGGAACUAA